AUGGCGGAAGAUAUUCCACCUCCAGUUGUAGAUAACUGGCGGAGAGUGCUCGAGGCCGCGCAGCAGUCUGUAUCGCGAGCGAGACAGCGACAGUCUGUAUUUUUCCAGUCCGUCUUACCGGAAGGACAGAUCGAUGGCCUCAAUAUCGUGCCUCCGACACUAGCUCAGAGGUCCAACAUACCUGAUUACCUCGCAGCGGCGAAGGACCUAGAAGCCGAACAUCCACGCAUCUCUCGACUUAUUCUCGAUGCUGCUUACAAGAAGGCGAUGGUUCUUGAUCCCAACAUGCAAGGCCGCGGAGUGCUCCAGUUCGUCACGGCCUUGCACAUUCUCUUGCCCGAGAGCGACAUUGCGGCGGACCCGAGCAGGGACAUGGACAUGGUCCAUGAGUUCUACACCGCGUAUCGAGACUAUGUCCGCGGGCUGGAGAUGGAUCCCGAGAAUAAUAAAGAGGAGUUGGGCAAGGCGUGGAAGACGGAACGGGUCCUCAUGGAGGUGACCGAGGGCCUCUCACAGACGGUCACGGGAUCCGAGCGCAAGCAAGUACAACAGGAAAUUCGGGAGGAUAAGAUGGCUGCUGCUGCCAAGACGCAAAUCUUCACCCGCCAGAACUUCAACAUGAUCGAUCUGGACGCACCCAUUCCCACUGAUGCUCCUUUGUGGAAGAGGCGGGUGGGGGGAGCGAUUGCGCUGCUCCAUGACCUCAGAGGAGUGCCGAACCGAGGCCGCUUCAAGGACAUGCUGCACUACCUGCAAUUCGUCUUCGGCUUCCAAGAGGACAACGUGCGGAACCAGAGGGAGCACAUAGUGCUGCUGCUGGCCAACAGCCGCACGUACGAUGAGAAGGGGACGCCCAUUGCUGCUUCCAUGUCCGAUGAUGCUGCUGCAAUGAACCUGGCCCUUGAUUCCGUUUCGUCAAAGGUGCUCGGAAACUUCCUUCGCUGGGCACAGUACCUCCACGUCGACAUCCCCUACUUCACGGCUGAGCACCGAAUGCUGCACACGUGCCUCUUCCUGCUCAUAUGGGGCGAGGCAGCCAACGUCCGAUUCCUCCCAGAGUGCCUCUGCUACCUCUUUCACCAGAUGGCGAGUGAGCUGGCGGGGAUGAUGCAGAAGACAGCCGCGGAGCACAGCCGCAUGAUGGGCACGGGGGGCGAGUACGCCUUCCUCAACAAUGUCAUCACGCCCUUCUACAGGAUCCUCAAGCAGGAGUCGGACUAUGCGGGCCACGGCAGCGAUGCCAAGGGUCACCCUGCAUGGCGCAACUACGACGACUUCAACGAGUUCUUCUGGAGCAAGCGCUGCUUUGAGCUGGGCUGGCCAAUCCGCACCAGCCACGUGUUCUUCAAGCCCCCACCCGUCAAAAGCAAGGACCCUGGCAAGAAGAUGGAAACCCCCAAAACCGUCACGGGAGAGGAUUUCUCAAGCAAGAGCCGGCUGAGCAAGACGCUCUUUGUGGAGUGGCGCUCCUUCCUGCACCUCUACCGCGGCUUCGAUCGCAUGUGGGCCUUCCUGCUCCUCAUGUUCCAGGGCAUGGCCAUCGUGGCGUUCAGUGGGCAGGACGGGUCCACCACGCUCAUGAAGGUGCUCUCUGUGGUGCCCAUGGCCGCUAUCCUCCGCUUCUUCCAAGUGCUGUUUGACAUUCUGCUGUCGUUCGGAGCCUACCGCAGCAUGAGUGUGCAGACCAUCUCCCGCAAGUUCCUCCGCCUAGCUGUGCUCGGCGCCUGGGGGGGCUUCCUCUCCUUCUUCCUCAUCAUGUAUUUCAUCUCGGGAUUCGACCCCAGCAGUCCCUACCGCCCACUCUUCCUCAUGCUAGCAGCCAUCUACGUCAUCCCCGCAGUCGUCCUCUCGCUGCUCAUGCGCUUCGUCACGCCGCUGCGCUCCCAGCUCGACCGCGUCAGCCACCACCGCUUCUUCCAGUUCGUCAAGUGGUUCUACCAGGAUGAGGUGUACACAGGGAGGGGCAUGUACGAGAGCUUCAAAGACACAUUCCUGUACUCGCUGUUCUGGGUGGUGCUGCUGCUGUGCAAGUGCCUCUUCAGCUACUACUUCCAGAUCCUCCCUCUCGUUGGCCCCACGCGCUACAUUAUUGGCUUCAAGCACCUCAAGUAUCGCUGGAAGGACCUCGUCUCUGCCAGCAACUACAACGCCCUCACGCUUCUCUCCAUCUGGGCGCCAGUCUUUGUGAUCUACUUGAUAGACGCACAGAUCUGGUACACUGUGCUGUCUGCCAUACUCAGCACACUCAUUGGCGCCUGGUGGCAUUUGGGGGAGAUCCGCACGCUCUCCAUGCUGCGGGCGCGCUUCCGCUCGUUCCCAGCAGCCUUCAUGAACACAGUGCACCACCAGAACAAGUUCAACCGCACGCGCUCCACAUCGCUGCGCUCAUCAGCCCGCUUCCAGCCGCUGGGGUCGCAGCAACCGGCGAGCGGCAGUGAGCUGCUGCUGUCAUCACGACGGGAGGCGUGCAAGUUUGCCAUCGCGUGGAACGAAAUCAUCCGCCUGCUGCGAGAGGAGGACUACCUCUCCGACAGGGAGUACGACCUGCUAAUCAUGCCUGCUCUGCCUUCCAACGUCACAGUGGUGCAAUGGCCGCUCUUCCUCCUCGCCAAUCAGAUCCUCCUGGCAGUCGGAGAGGCGUCAGGCCGCAAGGAGUCCCAAUCAACCGUGUGGCGCAAGGUGACAGGCGACGAGUACAUGCGCUGCGCCGUGCUCGAGGCCUACCAGAGCCUGCGCCCCUUCCUGCUCUCCAUCGUUGAACCCAGCCGCACCGCACCCACUACUGGCACCGCCGCUGCUGCUACCCAGGAGGCAGGCAGUGGGGUGUACGAGGCGCGGAUCAUCAACCGGCUGUUUGACGAUUUGGAGGUGGAGGGGAACAACGGCAGCCUGCUGACCACCUUCCGCUUCUCCGCCCUGCCUGUCAUCCUCGACCGCCUCUCCAAGCUCACUGCUGUGCUCAUCCAGGACCAGAACGAGAUGACGCAGCGGGCAGCAGUGCAGGCGCUGCAGGCGCUCUACGACACGGUCAAGUUCGACUUCCUCUCCCCUGACCACCGAGCAAGCCUGGAGGACGUAUCAGGCAAGCCCCAGUCGUACUGCCUCUUCGCAGCAGUGGCAUGGCCGGCGAACCGGGCGGCGGUGAAGCGGCUGCACCUGCUGCUGACGAUCAAGGAGUCGGCCAUGGACGUGCCUCACAACCUGGAGGCGCGGCGCCGCCUGCAGUUCUUCACCAACUCGCUGCACAUGCGCAUGCCUGACGCCCCCAAAGUCGCCGACACACUUCCCUUCUGUGUGAUGACGCCAUACUACAGCGAGAUUGUGACCUACUCCAUGGCGGAGCUGGUGAAGCCCAACGAGGAUGGCAUCUCCACCCUCUUCUACCUCCAGAAGAUCUUCCCAGACGAGUGGGCCAACUUCCUGCAGCGAGUGGGAAUGGGCGAGAAGGAGCUGGAGGUGCGGCUGAGGGCGAAGGACGACAUCAAGGAGCUGCGCAUGUGGGCGUCGUACCGCGGCCAGACCCUCGCCCGCACUGUGCGCGGCAUGAUGUACUACCACCGCGCGCUCCGACUGCUCGCCUACAUGGAAACGCCAAACUCCACAGACCUGGAGCUGGGAGCGGACGGGCUCCCAUUGGACCCGGCAGACAGGCUGUAUCUGGCGAAGGUGGAGCCAAAGGAGCUGGCGGACGUGAAGUUCACGUACGUGGUGACGUGCCAGAUCUACGGCAAGCAGAAGGCUGACAAGGACCAGCGCGCUGCUGACAUAUUCAACCUCAUGAAGGAGCACGAGGCUCUGCGAGUGGCAUACAUCGAUGAGGUAGUCACCCUCCCAGCUGACCCAAGUCGCCCCGAUGCUCGCCCGAAGACGGAGUACUUUUCACGGCUGGUAAAGGUGGACACGUUCGGCAGCGAGCAGGACAUCUACAAGGUGAAGCUGCCGGGACCGGCGAAGCUGGGCGAGGGCAAGCCGGAGAACCAGAACCACGCCAUCAUCUUCACGCGCGGGGAGGCGCUGCAGACGAUCGACAUGAACCAGGACAACUACUUUGAGGAGACGCUCAAGAUGCGCAAUCUGCUGCAGGAGUUUGCCAAAAAGCACGGGCUCAGGAAGCCAUCGAUCCUCGGCGUCAGAGAGCACAUUUUCACCGGCAGUGUGUCUUCAUUGGCAUGGUUCAUGUCCAACCAGGAGACCAGCUUCGUCACCCUCGGCCAGCGCUUCCUUGCCAUUCCUCUCAAGGUGCGCAUGCACUACGGGCAUCCAGACGUGUUUGACCGUCUCUUCCACAUCACACGUGGCGGCAUGAGCAAGGCGUCCAAGACCAUCAACAUCAGUGAAGACAUCUUUGCUGGCUUUAACACCACGCUGAGACAAGGCAACGUGACCCACCACGAGUACAUACAAGUGGGCAAGGGGCGAGACGUGGGGCUCAACCAGAUCGCUCUCUUUGAGGCCAAGGUCGCCAGUGGCAAUGGAGAGCAGGUGUUAUCACGAGACAUCUGUCGGUUGGGUCAGCUCUUUGACUUCUACCGCCUCCUCUCCUUCUACUUCACCUCUGUUGGCUUCUUCCUCUGCACCGCUCUCACUUCCUUCUGUGCCUUCUUGUUCCUCUACGGAAGAGUCUACCUGAGUCUAUCAGGAGUGGGUGCAACUCUCUCGUCGCAGAGUGAGAGUGUGGCGAACCUGGCGCUGGAGUCAGCCAUCAACACGCAGUUCCUCAUCCAAGCGGGAUUCUUCACCGCCGUACCCAUGAUCAUGGGCUUCAUCCUCGAACAGGGCUUCCUGCGGGCGGUGGUGAGUUUCAUAACGAUGCAGCUACAGCUGGCGUCCGUCUUCUUCACCUUCUCCCUGGGCACGCGAGCGCACUACUUCCUGCGCACGCUGCUGCACGGCGGGGCCAAGUACCGUGCCACUGGCAGAGGCUUCGUCGUUCGCCAUAUCAAGUUCGCUGAUAACUACCGCCUCUACUCACGCUCGCACUUCACAUACGGCAUAGAGGCCAUAAUGCUGCUGACAGUGUACAUGCUGUACGGGGGCAGCAGCUCCAGCCUGGUCUAUCUGCUCAUCACCGUGUCUUCCUGGUUCCUGGCUCUCUCCUGGUGCUACGCGCCCUACAUCUUCAACCCCGCCGGCUUCGAAUGGCAAAAGACGGUGGCGGAUUUUGAGGACUGGGUGGAGUGGCUGUGGUACAAGGGUGGUGUGGGAGUGAAGGGCGAGCAGAGCUGGGAGUCGUGGUGGGAAGAGGAGACGGAGCACGUGCGCAGCAUCCGCAGUCGCAUCAUCCAGGUGGUGCUCAACCUUCGCUUCUUCUUUGUACCCUACGGCAUUGUCUACCAGCUCAACGUGGCUCAGGGCAACACUAGCAUUCUCGUGUAUGCGUAUGCCUGGAUCAUCUUUGUCGUCGUCGCUCUUGUCUUCUGGGUGUUCAACUUCUCGCGCGCGUGGGAGGCGCAGCUACCCAUCCGGCUGCUGCAGAUCACAGUGGCAGUGCUCUUCGUGACCAGCAUUGCCGUGUGUGUCACCGUCACCUCGCUCACCUUUGGCGACCUCUGCUCCAUCAUCUUCCUCUUCAUCCCCCUCACCGGCUGGGGCCUCCUGCAGGUGAUUAUAGCGCUGCGACCUGUGCACAACAAGCGGCUGUGGUGGUGGAGGCAGGUGCGCACCCUGGCGCGGGUGUACGAUGCAAUCAUGGGGGGAAUGAUCUUCCUGCCAGUCGCUGUGCUCUCCUGGUUCCCCUUUUUCUCCACCUUCCAGACCCGCCUUGUCUUCAACCAGGCCUUCUCCAGAGGCCUCGAGAUCUCACUUAUCCUUGCUGGGAAACCCUCAGAUGCUGCUGCCUAG